AUGAAUAAAGCAAACUUAGAGAGGUAUAAGUAUUUCAGAAAGAGGUCUUUUAAAUCGGAUGGUCAUGGAAAUAUUUUAAGCCCAAUCCCAAAAAAUUAUACUUCGGAAUCACGUGCUACUUCAAAAAAAUACAGCCAAACACUUAACGUUGUAUUUUCUAAAACAGAACCUUUAACGAAAACUUUCGUAGCUCAAUGGUCCAGCUAUCCUUUUGCGUCGGUUUACGUAUAUGAACCAAAACAGACACAUUGCGAUGCAUCAGGCAUAAGUCCGCACUGGCUUCUAGCUGCCGGGUCUUGUCUAUCACGACACAACUUGGAAUACUCAAUCGACGACAGAUCGGCGUAUGUGACAUACUGCGGAGUACACUGGCGUUCGCCUGAGCGCAUCGCAUACGUCAAAAGAAUACUGUUGCACCCGAAUUUCAAUCUAAGGGAUAAAGUUAGACGACUCCUUUUUAACGUAGGGUUGAUCCAAGUUGUAAGUUCAAUGUCGACAUCUUGCCCUGGCUGGACACCAGUCGCGAUGAUGUCACAUCAGUUCUUCGCAAGCUCGGCGGGUUCUAUGGCUCAGGCAGUAGGCUGGGGCUUGGACAGAUACGGGUCCCAAUAUGCGACUGAGGAGAUACCACACUGUCCACUAACGGUAUACGAAGCCUUAGUAUAUCACGACACAUGCCCGGGAAGUACCACAUUCAGUACAACGAAACAACAAGGCGACAGUGGCGCCGAAAAUGUGUACUGUCUUCUCCUGCCGGUGUAUUCUGGGGAAGAGAAUGACUCCGUGCACGGAGGAAUGUUGCUAGUGGGCGGGAAGAUGAUCGCUCUUUACUUGCAGGAAGAGCGUCGUUCCUGGGGCAGUCAGUCGGCGCAGUACACGGGUGUGUGGCGGCUCCUCCCAUGGAUAACAGAUGUGGCGCAUGAACAUGAAGACGUGGAAAUCCCUAUAGACAUAUAG